CUGAAGAAGAACGGUGAACGACAAAAUAUCACGACACAAAGGAGAGGAGAGCGAGCACAGAAGCUGUUUUCCUCUCUCUCUCCCCGCGAACCCUAGAGAUUCGAUUUCGCCGACUCUGUUACCUUCUUCCUCUACUCCCUGUCGCUACCCUCGCGUAUCAGACCGCCGCCGGAGGCCGCCGUCCCGAGCAGCUCGUGCAGUCUCUCUGGAUCUCUCUUCAUUCAUUCCCCGAUUCAGUAGCCAUAGCUUCGCGCGGUGAGUGGAUAUGAUGUACAGCCGGGGAGGCGGUUCUUCGAGGCCGGAAAUGGUGGAUCGGCGGAGGAUCAUCAACGAUGCGCUCGACAAGCAGCUGGAGAAGUCCUCACCUUCCACUUCCAGGGCUAAAGACAAGGACAGGGACCGAAUCUCUGUGCCAUCUACUUCCACUGGCAAAUCUCAGCCCGAUCACCGAGAUUCUAGGGCCUCUUCUCUCUCCAAGAACAAAGCUUCAGAUGAUGAAGCUGAAUCGGAUAGUGAAUUUUCAGAUGUCAGUGGUUCGGAUGCAGAUGACACGUCGUGGAUCUCAUGGUUUUGCAAUUUGAGAGGGAAUGAGUUCUUCUGUGAAGUAGAUGAUGAAUACAUUCAAGAUGAUUUCAAUCUUUGUGGAUUGAGUGCUCAAGUUCCAUAUUAUGAUUAUGCACUUGAUUUGAUUCUUGACGUUGAAUCUUCUCAUGGUGAUAUGUUCACUGAAGAACAGAAUGAAUUGGUUGAAUCAGCCGCGGAGAUGCUCUACGGUCUAAUUCAUGUUAGAUACAUAUUGACAAGCAAGGGAAUGGCUACAAUGUUGGAGAAGUACAAAAAGUACGAGUUCGGCAGAUGCCCUAGAGUUUAUUGCUGUGCCCAACCUUGCCUUCCAGUUGGUCAAUCCGACAUUCCCCGCUCUAGUACAGUAAAGAUUUAUUGUCCUAAAUGUGAGGACAUAUAUUACCCCAGGUCCAAGUACCAAGGCAAUCUUGAUGGGGCUUACUUUGGAACUACAUUCCCGCACUUGUUCCUGAUGACAUAUGGGCACUUAAAACCUCAAAAGACAGUGCAGACCUACGCUCCCAGAGUCUUUGGUUUCAAGAUUCACAAGCCUUGACACAACUGGACCAGUGAAGUUGCAAUGUAUCUGGGGAUAAUAUCACUUCAGCCCACACGUUGCGUGAGUCGUUCAAACCCAUCCACUCAUCUCGCUGCGUUCUUUCCACUGGCUUCGAUUGGAACAACGGCGGGUCUAACAGGCAAAGUCAAAGUGUUCCGCAUCCAAAUAUUCUGGAGCAAGGAUAUGUCUGUAAGUGUAACAUUCGGGGGAAUAGAGUUCCCACACAAGAUAGUUCAUAUAUUUGCUCUUUUGAAAAGUUUAUCACCCCUCCUUUUGGCUUUUUAUCUUUUUGGAGGUUGUUUGUUAUGAUCUAAAUUGUAGUCAUCAAUAUAAUUGUUCUUAUGCGUUUGUUACGUGUGAAUACACUGUCCAGCCUAAGCCGUUGGAACCUUUGUGGUCAUUUUCCAGUCGAUGUGUACAUCCGAUCAUGGCUCCGGUAAUACACAUGGGAGCUGUUUUUGUUCUUUGCUCAUCUUUUAGUUCUUUGCUCCUGUACUAAACAUGUGAUAAUGUUUUAAAGUUGUCUUGGCCAUGGAAAA